AAGAAAAUUUUGCGACUCCAGCUGGUGUUCACUUAGGUGUCCGCUUAAUAUGAGGUCCGCUUAAUACAGGUUUCACCCUGAGUCCUGUGGCUAUAAUUACAAAAUCACAAAACUGAAACAUUCUGAAAUGAGUUUUAUGUUGGGAAUGUCAAUCAUGGAUGACGUCAUCAAAAAUAUCCAGACCUCACUGGUCGAGAAAUGGUUACGUAACGGAUGUAACGGUCAGGUUGUUAUUAAAAAAAUAUCGCGCGCGUGCUGCAGGCUGUAUAAAUAUUUAUUACAACUGAACUGACAUUUUAUUACCAUACGACGCCUGUGCUAGAAUCACUAAGCAUCACCGAAAGCAUUAUGUACCACUGGGAGGGCGACGAAUUUGCUCUCACUUUAGACGCCCGGCUGGCAAAUUAAACUAACAGCUUCAAUUCAUCAAGAUUCAUCAAAACAGAAGAAGAAAGAAGAAAAGUAGUUGGCGUUGGUUCUCUUGGUGCGACUGUGCUUUACUUUUCCGCCGUGAUGUUGAGUUAAUGAGCAAACGUGCCAUAUAAGAUUUAUAACCGUUGGAACAGUUGGACAGCCUUUGUAUCCGCUAAAAUAUGUACGAUCGAAUCAAGGAACUGUUUCUUAAACGAAGCUCAGAAGAUGGUAAAACGCCGCCAAGCUCCGAUUCAAAGACGAAUUGGUUGAAUACAAUUUGUUUCUGCGUCUUUGGGACCUUCACUUUCUUCAACCAAGAAUUGAUUUUCAUAGCAUCAGAGGACAUUCUCAGCGGCCGUCAACUCCCAACAGCUACUGUGCUCGUUUGUUAUGUAACACCCCUGAUGAUCACAAAAAUAGUCUCUCCUUGGUUUGUUCAAAAAAUCAGUUACGUCGCCAAGGCUUCCUUCAUUACCUUAUGUAUGAUUACGGGACUUAGUCUCAUCGUUUUUGUUGAAGAUAUUAGAGUAAAGCUAACAGGAAUCGCGAUAAACGCCAUCGCGGCCGGAGCUUCUGAAGUCGUAUUUCUUAGCCUCACAUCGUUUUACCCACAGAUUUGCAUAAGCGCCUUCGUGGCAGGAACUGGGAUGUCCUCGCUAAUCUCUCCGCUCUAUUACACGGGUAUCACAACAUGGACUUGCGUCUCACCAAAGACCGCCAUCAUGAUAACGAUCCCAUUGCCCCUGCUAGUGCUGGUGUUCUAUGCAAUCCUGGACAAGGACUACAUCACGGACAGACCUAAGGAACGCAUUGAGGUAGAAUAUACGAUUGUGCCGUCCACUUCUGACACAACGGAACAGACCACAGCAGAUCCUGAAAAGUCCCUCUGCAGCGAACAGUUGAGAAUCGGUAGAAAAAUUCUUCCCUACAUCAUUGCGCUUCUUUUGAGUUUCGGUGCGGAAUACUUGUCCAAUUCAUCCGUGAUUACCACGAUCGCCUUCCCCAAUUCAAACGUCCUUGCUCGAGAUCACUUCCUUUACUAUUUCUUCUCCUAUGAAAUGGGAAAGUUCUUCGGUAGAAGCCAUCUGUUCAUGCUCUCCUGCCUGCCAUCUGACAUCGUAGAGCUCCUGAAGUGCAAAAGAACAUGGGUAUUCGCGGCAAUAGAGAUAGCACAUCUGAUUUUUUUCGUGUCAGAAUCUUGGUAUCAUUUUGUCUCGUACAUCUGGAUAAUUAUCGCCCUCUGCUUUACUCUUGGUCUGGUUGCUGGAAUGAUAGCCUUGUACUCGCCCCAUGCCGUCGUGGGUCAUGUUGCACCCGAGGAGAAAGAGUUUGCCCUGGGACUACUGACAGUAGGUAAUGGAGUGGGUGCAUUCGUGGCCGGGUUGCUUGGCCUGGUUGUUGAGCCUUAUCUGACGGGGAAAUGCCUCGAACAUUUCUCAGCCAGCAAAGAAUUUUGUUUCACAAGACCUCAGAACAUGACUGGAUGGAUGACUAACAUACAUUGUUAAAUAUUUUUCUGUUACAAAUGUAUGAGCAGUAAAGAAUUAUGGAAAGAAUUAUAGAAAGGUACAUUUUAGAGUGUACUUGCUGAAACCUACUUCACGAACGUUCCCUCUGAACAUCAUCCUUCGUACCCCUCGAACCCCUCUUUCAAGUAACGGGCACUUAGAUGCUCAAAACGGAGGUUGGUAGGGGAGGGAGGGGGGAUGUAAAGAAAGAUGCCCGGACGUAGUCUUUUUGCUCGUCUAAAGACAGGGGAGGCGGGAUGAAGGUAGGGCAAUUUCUUUGUACGAUCAAAAAAAUUUAUUGCUACACUAAAAAACAUUCUUGCCACAACAAAAAGGGAUCUACAUUGCAAUAAAGUAGAUUUUUGACAACCUGCUAAAAAUGGCGUGAAGUCACAGCAUAAACCUCCCCGUUCCCAGGCCCCCUCUCCUUUACUUCCCCUGUCGAUGAGAGAGAGAGCCUGGUAACGAGGUUGAUGGUACUGAAGUGUUAGAAUGCAAUCCUGUGACAAGACCUGGACACCAUGUGUGUGAUACAAAUUUUUUGAAGUUUCUUUGUAAGAUGACACGAAGUCAAGCGAGCGGCGCACGCUGCGCCUGGCAGGGCUGCUCGGUUCACUUCUUGUCACCCCGAUUAUCCGAUCUUAGGCAAACUGGUUCGUAGCCGUACUAAGUUAGUAGAUUUCACUUGUGUGGGGGACUGGAGAAGAGAAUACAAAACGGUUUUUCUUUCAAUACCGUUGAAUUCCGAAAGCAACGGGGGCCGUCACUUUCAGAUUUAGCAGGCAAAAAGAGCCGUUACUUUCCGGUAGCUGUUACUUUCGGAUGGUUAAAACACGUUAUACAGUAGCAGCCGUUUCAGACAAAUCGGACGGGUAACAAAAGAAAUUAAACUUUCCGUCUAUGUAAGUUUCCAACUAUCCACCAACAAAGCAUGCAGACCGUCUAAACAAAAAAAGGCCCUAAACCGGUUGGUACUGUAGGGCGAAUCGAAUGAAUAAUGGUCUCAUUAUAUCGCAAAGCCACUGACUACCCUAUGCCUCCAGUAUAUCAUUGGACUCUACUGCUAGACAAAUGCAGUUUAUAAAUCAUAGUUUCAAGAAAAAUUCAGUCAAGUUCGAAAUAAAGAGAUAAAAGCACAGAUAGUUCCUCCAGUCAAUGAUCAGUCCUGCAGUCAGGCAGAGACUUUCUCCGGCU